AUGGCUCGCGCUGCUGGAUUCCCAGUGCCACUGGUGAUUUCGUACGGCGAACAUGGCCUAGGUCCUAAGAUGCCACCUGUGUUGGUAUCCAUCCUCAUGACACGAGUGCCUGGGAAAACCUUAGGCACAGUGCACGACAGCUUUUCCCCAAGACAACGACAGACCAUCUGCGAGGAGAUGCGAAUAAUGCUAGGCAUAAUGAGGGCAUGGAAGCACCCAUGGGGCGAUGGACGCAUAUGUUCGGUCAUGGGUACGCCGAUUCAAAGUCCACGAGUGCCCUUGCACGAAAUCGGACCAUGCGCGUCGGAGUCGGAUUUCAACAGGGACCUAAUUUGCGUUGCGUCUCCACACUCUUAUACUGUCCGAUGGUCAUUCGAGAAGGCACUAGCACGAGCGAAGAAGAUCAAUUCAAUGCCUCAUUCCAUUGUGUUCAGUCACGGACAUCUGAUGCAUCACGAUAUCAUGGUCUACGAUGGACACGUUUCUGGCUUCAUCGACUGGGAAUCUACGGGCUGGCUUCCGGAAUAUUGGGAAUUGACAACGGCGACGAUGGGAUGCUGUGAUGACUUUUGGUGGGUUGCGUUCAUGCAACAAGCGAUUGGGAAGCGGUACUUGGCCGAGAAGGAUUGCGAGAGGGCGCUGAUGGGACUGACGUCGGACUCGUAUCUUGGGUAG